CCGUUCACUCGAUCGGACGUGUCAGCGCUAUGAAAAUAAAUAUUUAAUUUAACUAUUCACUAGCAAAAUCGCGACCUACAUUAUCGAAACUCGGAAGUGUUUUAUCUGUGUCAUUUAUUUCUAAUUGAACACUGAACUUAUAAUGAUUUGUGUAUCGACUUGAUAAUAUGGAAGGAAGUCCCUUCAACCGGAGCGCGCUCACGCAGCGCAGCCCUCCGCCCACGCCCACGCGGCACGCGCCGCCCGCCGCCCCCGCCGAGCACGUCAUGGAACCACUCGAAGUGGUGGCCACUUCAGAACUCCAGAACUGGAUGAAGAGCAUCGAGCAGUGCCUGAAUGAGGUGUGCAUAAUCUCAUCGGAAGGAAAACUCAACACUGACCAGAAACUGAGGAUUAGUAACCUGUGCAGAAGGGUGAGCCAUGGAACAUCCCAAAUGGCCGUGCAAUACCAGUCGCUAAAGCAAAAGGCCAUUCAAGCUCAUAGCAACAUACAGGUCCUUAAAGAAAAUCAAGACGUUUCACAGCAACUUCAAGACCUCAAAAAAAGCAUAGAAGUGACCUCAAAACCUAUCUCGGGAGCGUUUUCCUUUGCUGAAAUGGUUAAAAAGAGUCCUGUCAAUUUUAUUCAGCCCAAAAACUUCAGUUCUGUGGCGAUUUACCCGAAUGAUAAAAUGAAGUCAAGCGAGGAAACCAAGUCCCUAGUGCAAAAAAUAAUUAAGCCCGAAGAAAUGAAAUUGCACGUGAGAGGUCUACGGAAAACUAGAGAUGGCGGCGUUAUCAUCAGCACCAACUCAAAAGACGACAUCGAGAAGAUAAAGCAGUCAACGCAAUUAAGAACAUCUGGCCUCAUCAUAGACGAGACGAAGAAACGGAAGCCUAGGAUUAUAGUACUGGGAGUUCCUGCUUCCAUGGAUGAAACUGAGGUAUUUAAAUGCAUAUACCAUCAAAACCUAGCCGACAAACUUCAAAAUACGUCACUGGAAGCGUUCAUGUCCUCUAUUAAGCUAAGCCAUAAAUCAGGGAGGAAAGACACCGAAACCUGUAAUUAUGUAAUUGAAGUCACAGCUCAAAUACGGAAGACCUUGAUAGCAAAUGACAGAGUUUUUGUGAACUGGUCAUCGUGCCCUGUUAGAGACUUUACCCUAGUGACAAGGUGCUACAAGUGUCAGCAGUAUGGACACGCUGCUAAGACCUGUCGUGAAGCUAAUAUCACUUGCGGCCACUGCGGAGAAGUGGGUCACGCAUUAAAGGAUUGCAAGAAAAAGGAUGAGCCCUCAAAAUGUGCGACCUGCUUGCACUUCAAAAAGCCCAACAAUCACAAGACAGGUGACGCUGAAUGCCCUGCUAAGAAGCUAGCAGAAAAUAGAUAUAUUAACACCAUAGAUUACGAAGGCGCUUAAGAGCGCCCCCUGCGAGUUUAUGUUUGUCUUGAUGUCAGUUUUAUCAUUAGCUAAUUUACUACCUAGAUUGUUUAAAUUAACUUUUACCAUUAGUACCUACUAGUAGUUAACUCCAUAAUUAAUCACAGAGCUGUCCCACUAACCUUUUAUCAAAUUUACCUUAAAAAACCCGAAUUGCAUUUAUAUCUAGAGUAAAAAAUAAAUAACUUGUAUGAUUUCUGCAACAUUGACUGUGACCCAGUUUAUUAUUUUUGUUUACGCAGACACUGUAUGUUGGAUGUUUUUAAUAAAUUAUGUAGAACAAGCA